AUGGACCUCCCUCGUCAGCUCGAGAGUAUCCCAGAUGGCUGGACCACUGACCCUGCUGAAGUUCAAUUCGAACUAAUAUGGAAAGGCCCCGAAAGUGAAGGCCAGGAUAUGGCGAGGAGGUUCGGAUUGUCACAGCCACAGGUUAUCAUGACCGCUGAGCGUGACACGGGGAUUCCCCAAUGCAUAUUCCAAUCAGGCGGGCGAUUCUAUAUCUGGAACAUGUUGGACGAUACGGUCUGGCAAAUUACCAAGCCCACACGGUUGCUGGAUAUACUCCGAGCCAUGACCACCAAGGGACAGAGAGCGGUGAAAUUGAAGGAAAUUGAACCUCUUGAAGAUUAUGAGGAUGAGGAGCACAACGAGUAA